AAUUUUGUAAACAAAUCAGAAUAAUCUUACCAGAACGCUUAUAAUAAUAACCUAACUAGAAAUAUUGUGACCAUUUUAUUUCAAAAUGGGAUGUGUGGGUAGAAAGCGGAAUCAUAAAGGUAAUCAUCCCUGGGCUAAAAAGGGCAAAACGAAACGUCGUAUAAAAGAUUUGGAUCAGAUACACGAUGAUAUGAAGCCAGAAAAAGCUGAUAAAAUGUUGAAGCAAGAUGUUGAUUAUGAAGUACCUGGUGCUGCUCAACAUUACUGUUUACAUUGUUCAAGAUAUUUCAUCAGUAAUUCAACAUUGAAUAAACAUUUUAGAAGUAAACCCCACAAAAGAAGGUUGAAGGACUUAUCCAUUGAACCAUAUACACAAGAAGAAGCUGACAGAGCAGGAGGCAUGGGAUCAUAUAUUGCUCCAAAACCUCUUGAAGUGAAAACACAGGGAGUAAAAGAAGAUAUGACAACUGAUGAAUAGGGAAAGCUGCACAGCUUUAAUAACUUGUAUAUAAUUUAUUGUUAAUAAAAGGGAGAUGACUUUA